AUGUUGUACAGUCAUGUCACUUUGUUAAUGCUGAGAGUGGUGGAUGUGGUGGCGAAAACGACCGUACAACAAAGUCCCCGGAUGCUCGUUGCAGAUAUUCCUGGGGAUAUUCAGAUCGGUGCUCUUUUCCCGUUACAUCGACAAGCGUCAGGUAUCGAGGGAUGCGGAGUGAUUUGGGAACAAUACGGAAUACAGAGAACAGAGAUCGCGCUGAAAA